UCACUUUGAGCUGAGUGUGGAUACAGAGUGGCCAGAGGCAGAGACAGAAGAGCAGGCCAAUGUCUCUCUCCCGCUUUAUCCAUUAACCAGCAAGAGGAGUGAUUCAAAUUAGGCUGUUCAGGAGAGAUUCUAGGUCAGUAGUGAGAGGGGGGAAAGGGAAAGGGAAAGAGAUAUAGUAAAAACAACAACAAAAGCUUUCAUAGGGAAAGGCUGCAGCCACUCAGGCAUUAGUGGGAAAAUCCAAAGUGAGAGAGCAGGAUGGCGUGAGGAUAAAUGAGGCAUUUUUUUGGAAAGUACCAAGGGAACUCAAAAGAAAGGAAUGUAUAAGGGAUGUCCACAAGAGGACUGAACAUCAGGCGGUGAAGGAGAAGGAGACACAGCACUGCACCCUGUGUCAAAGACCUCAAGAAGCCACAGAGGAGGAAACUUUGCCUUUCACAGACUGACACAGGAACCCGUCUGCAGAGUGAUUGCUGUCAACAAGAGAAAUGGAGAAGUGUCCAUUCUUAGAAAGAUAAAAAGGAUGUCACUGCCAGUUUUGCUGUUGCUAUCACUCUUGACUGUCCAAUGUGGUGGAUGUGGCUUUGAAACGGAGGGAGUGAAAAACAUUAAAACGACCAUCGACUCCAAUCCGACUGGAUUUCGGACAGUAUUUCCUAAAGAUUACUAUGUAGAGCACCACUACACCAGAAGCAUGCUCUGUGACACUGAUCCGUGUUGUGUGUUCCCUGCUGCGGUAGUCCUGCUGAAUUCCUGGCAUGUGCUCCUCAGAAACCUCUGGGACGAGCACCUCAAUCACUCCUUUAUCCUCGAUAUACAGCAGACACUGGAAAGAAUUAUAAAGAAGAACCGAAAUACAGAGAGGUUCCAGGAGGAGACGGACCUGGACCAGUUCUCCCGGUUAUAUUCCUCUCCUGAAGAACUCCUCAACCUGACGUCAGAACUUUUUGCUCAGUGGCUCAAGGUUGGAUGCGAACCUUCGACUGAAACUUGCUCCCUGCCCACUUUGCCCCCCUCUGUUGAGAGGAAGGAUUAUGGUCCGUCGCGGGCCAGACUCUUGACCACCCGCGCUAUCAGCGGUGAGGAGGAAGUACAGCCCGUCAAGAUGAUAGACGUCACACAGCCGCCGUCCAACUGUGGUCCUCCGCUGUCGUAUCACGCUUCCCUCUGGAGCUCCUUGCUACUCAGACUCUACUUGUGGUAGUUGCCAUAGUUACUGAAAAGGGUCUUUUUGAUGAUGCACACAAAAUGCAAGACAUUUCCUUUCACUGGAAAAAAAAAACCUGAAUGUUUUUUUUGUUUCUUCUUAUAUUUGUGUCUUCAUGUGGUAAUUACAGUUAAGCUUUGUUAUAUGAAGUGAUGUGCACCGGUUGCAGUUAAUGUCCAAAAUUAGUUCACAUAGUUAAGUCCUCUGUCCAACGGUGACUCUGCAACUCACACAUGUAAACGUAUAGCCGUCGUCCUCUUUAGAGCAAGCCACGAGCUCCAGCUAGCUAUGCUCUGUACGCUAACAAGAGAUAAAUGCUGAGCAAGCCAGUGCACAUAAGCCAUCGUCUGCUGAUGUGGAAUUCAUCACUGUUUACAUUGAAUGUUGUGUAAAUGUAAGAUAUUACAGUCUAUGGGCGUUUACUUUUUUGUACAUAUUGUAAAUUAAAGACAUUUAGAUAUAUGCUUUUUUUUUUUUUGGUUUAACUUACCAGAACAUAAUAUCCUGAAAGGUUGUAAGCUAUAUUUAUUGUGAUCUUCGCUGUGAUGGACGGUAUCUGAGCACAUUUAACCCUUUCGUGCAGAUGCUUUGAAGCGGAUUCGAACCAUUUAAAGGUGCAAUGUGGAAUAGUUUUAGCUGAAAUAUUGACUAAAAUUAUCAAAAGAACCUCCACAUUAUGAAAUUAUGACAUGUAUGUAUUGUGUUGCAGAGAUAUCUAUCAAAGUCAGUAAAAACCAAUCCGCCAGGACCGCUUGCUGCAAAGCUAACUCGCUAAAGCUAGCGACAGGUGGCAGCAGUUAGCUGUUAUUUGGUGAUCUGCCGCCCCCUAUUUGUUUUGAGUAUGAAUUCGACAGGAUGCCAGUUCUUGCAUAUUGCACCUUUAUGUUGGAGAACAAUAUCACUAUUACCAAAUCCUCAAAGCCCGAUCCACAAUUCCCGUUGAUGACUGUCUUUGUAUGUCUUCGUCAUUUUGACAACGCCCCUGGAAUAAUCCUCCUAUUCACAGGAAACAUAUAUUUUUCAACUAAAUAAGAUUUUCUUCAAAAUACUUUUAUCCUGAUUUUUGUUAACAUUUUUAUUUUACUAUUUUUUCUGUGAUGGUUCGGAACAUCCACCCGAGUGGACAGAUGUAUGUUCAGACACAGAAAAAAAGAUAAAUAUUAAAAUGUGGUUAAAAGUAUUUCUGACAUGAAGCAUUUGCUUGAAAAAUAUUGUAUUUCCAUUUUAUUCUGCUUUAUAUAUCAGAUUUCACAAGGAAAUGUUGUUGGGGUUUUUUCUACACUUAAGUUGUUAAUAUUAGCUCGCUGGCAUUAAAACAUCGACAGAACUAUAAUCUGAUAGAAUUAUAAUGCUGCAAGUGCUUUUGAUACUUACAUACUUUCACUUAAGUAUUUUUAACCUGUAACUGAGUGCUUUUUACAUGUUAUGACCUUUAUUUUUUUGUUGCUUCAGUAAAAAACAGAGUAAGAGAGUA